CUGAAGUACAUCCGGUUACCUCUCGCUGUCGCCAUUUUGAUACACACAAGCAAGCAAGCAAGAAGUAACGAAGAGACGACAGAAAGAGUAUCAUCAUGAGUGGAUGUCGUGUGUUUAUCGGUCGUUUGAGCCCCCACGCCCGUGAGAGGGACGUGGAGAAAUUCUUCAAGGGAUAUGGACGGAUCCGAGAAGUAAAUUUGAAGAACGGAUUCGGCUUUGUGGAGUUUGAUGACCACAGAGAUGCGGAUGAUGCCGUAUACGAGCUGAAUGGCAAGGAACUCUGUAGUGAAAGGGUGACGAUAGAGCAUGCCCGCUCCAGAAGAGGGAGGGGUGGUGGACCAGGGAUGGGGGGUGGUGGCGGUGGUGGAGGAAGCGGACGCUUCUCACCUCGUUUCAGCAGCUACCGCCAGGGUUCUGGUGGUCAUAGUGGUGGCUCCAGUAGGUAUGGUCCCCCGGUGCGAACAGAGCACCGAAUCAUCGUGGAAAACCUGUCGUCACGAAUCAGUUGGCAGGACCUGAAAGACCUGAUGAGGAAAGCUGGAGAAGUCACCUUUGUGGAUGCACACAGAACCAACAAGAAUGAAGGGGUGGUGGAGUUCGCAUCACACAGUGAUAUGAAGAACGCCAUUGAUAAGCUGGACGGAACAGACUUGAAUGGACGCAAGUUGAAACUGUCUGAGGAUCGCAAGAGCCGCCACAGCAGGAGUCGUUCCCGUGGCUCUCGUAGCUACUCCCGGUCCCGUAGCCGUUCCCCCCGCUCCAAGUCCCGUAGCAGGAGUCAUAACCGCUCCAGGAGCCCCCGAUCUCGCUCGGCCAGCCGUACCCCGGAGAAGAAGCCUUCCUCUGGGGUAGGGGGCAGGGCUGCACAUCGCUCCCAGUCCCGUUCCAGAUCCCCUGCCCCUCGCUCCCGUACCCCUCCCCCACGCUCCCGUUCUCGCACGCCUCCUCCCGUUUCCCCUGUCCCGGCCCGGAAGCAGUCUCCGUCCCGGUCUCGCUCCCCCUCGGUUGAGAGCCAGCACUGAGCCCCACUAGGGAUGUGUGUAGUGCAGUGGUGGCUGGAGGGAGGACCGUCUCAUUGGAAUGGCUGGAAUGGAAUGAGAGGAUCAGAAUACUUCAUAGCGUUCCAUUUAUUCCAUUCCGUCUAUUCCAAUAAGCCCGUCCUCUUAUUUUUUAAAGUAACCACCAGCUUCAAGUGGUAUAGUGGUAUGGACUGAAGAGUUGUCGUGCUGAGACCAUGGCGCCUGGCUUUGUGGCGGCCUGCUUGCUUGCUAGUGUGGAAUGAAUGGAGAGGCUUGCCUUUGGUGACACACUCCCACAAUCUCUCUCUUUUUUUUUUUUUUAAAUCAGAGAUUUGGUCGUUGUGCCAGUAUCUUGGAUGCCCUGUAAUGUUUUUCUCUAUUUUGGGAGCCUUUGUGUUAUAGGUCGGAUCGUGCUUCCCCAAUUCAACUUCUAAUUGUUAAUUUUUUUUUGCCAUAUGAAUAAUUAAACAUUUUCCUUGGUGAAAAACUGAACCGUUUAAGGAAAUGUACAGUGUGAUUUUGAGAUCUUUUGAUUGGGUCCCAUUCCUGUUGAGUAUCGUUCUCGCUGCAGAUGGUAAGUCUCAUUGUGAUUUAAUGACUUCUGUACCAUUUGAAGUUAAACUUUCUGUCCCAAGUUUUCUGUUACGAGUCUAAUCAAUACAAUGUUAUAUUUCCACCACCA